GGAAAAGCAUAAAACCCAAACAGAAUCCAGUAGCUGCAAUACACACAGUCCGGCCAGAAGAAAGACUGGAAACACCAAAAGGAGACUUUUCCCCUGGAAGUAAGAAAGGAAGAGCUCCAGCAGACAAGAGGCCAUGGGCUGCUGGAAGCAAGAGAAAAGGAACACCUGGACUUUCCCCACCCUGAUCCUCUGCCUCUAUGGAUUCUUCUACAUGAUGAAACCAUCAGAACCUUUCCUAACACCCUAUCUAACAGGACCAGAUAAAAACCUGACCGUGGAUGAGGUUACCAACCAGAUUUUGCCUGUUUGGACGUACUCCUACCUGGCCCUCCUGUUCCCAGUCUUCCUGCUCACGGACUACCUGCGCUACAAGCCCGUCCUCCUCCUCCAGGGCAUCAGCCUCGUCCUCACCUGGCUCCUGCUCCUCUUCGCGCACGGAGUGCUGGCCAUGCAGCUGGUGGAAUUCUUCUACGGGAUGGUGACGGCCACCGAGGUGGCCUAUUACGCCUACAUCUACAGCGUGGUCAGCGCCCAGCGCUACCAGAGGGUGACGAGCUACUGCAGGAGCAGCACUCUGGUGGCAGCCACCGUGGCCGCCGUGCUGGGACAGCUGCUGGUGUCCUUGGCAGACGUGUCCUACUUCUACCUCAACGCCAUCACCUUGGCUUCCGUGUCCCUGGCCUUCCUGUGCGCCUUUUUCCUCCCCAUGCCCCAGAAGAGCAUGUUCUUCCACAGGAAAGACGCCUCCCAGUCCCUCCCAGAGCCCCAUCGGGUCGCGGCUCCGGCCGCUUCCGACCGUCCCUCCACCCAAGAGGACACGAGCUCCGACUCUGCCGGCAGGGGCCCAGCCCCCCAACAGCAGCCUGGCAAUGCCAAGCCCCACAGUCACCUGCUCAGAGUGCUGGUGCAGCUGAGCAGGGACCUGAGGGAUUGCUACAGCUCCAGGAAACUUCUCUACUGGUCCCUGUGGUGGGCUCUGGCUACGGCCGGCUUCAACCAAGUGGUGAAUUACAUCCAAGUGCUGUGGGACUUCCGAGCCCCCUCCCACAGCUCUGCCGUGUACAACGGAGCUGUCGAAGCACUGGCAACUUUUCUGAGCUCGGUAACAUCUUUCCUAGUGCAAUACGUGAAAAUUAACUGGGACCUCUUUGGAGAGCUGGCUUUAGGGAUCUUCUCUGCAGUAGAUGCUGGUUCCCUGCUUCUCAUGCACUACUCUACCAACAUCUGGGUGUGUUAUGCUGCCUAUCUCAUUUUCAAGGCCUGCUAUAUGCUCCUCCUGACAGUAGCAACGUUCCAGAUUGCCAUCAACCUGAGCAUGGAACGCUAUGCCCUGAUGUUUGGAUUCAACAACUUCAUUGCCCUGCUGAUUCAGACCAUUCUCACAAUAGUUGUUGUGGAUUCGAGAGGCCUGGGGCUGGACAUAGUGACUCAGUUUCUAAUUUAUGGCAGCUACUUUGCAGUCAUACAUGGGAUUUUCAUGAUCAGAAGCAUUUGUGUGCUUGUCUCAAGCAAAUGCAAAAGGAAAAUAACAAGAUGUUGCAAGGAGCAGCUGAACCAUGCUGAGCACGGAUCCAGAGAGCAGAUUGUCACAGGCUAUUUGACACGGCUGUAGGAGGCAGGCAGGCUCCUUGGCCAGGCCCUCCUGGGAGAAGAGCUCAGGCUGCAGCGUGCAGGGAACAGCAGUGCAAGAAGAACGUGCAACACAGCCCCGGAAAGCUGCACUGAAUCACUGCAGCACUUCAGCACAACAGAUGCCAGCUCAGAACUCACAUAAUGGCCCUGUGCCAAGAACAAAAGCUAAACUGAUUUAGAUUCUUAUUUACCUGCCUGUAAAGAGCUUAACAGCAGUAAUUUAUACACAGAAGCACAACAACCACCUUUGCAUCUCCUCCCUGUGCACAACAGCACAGAUUGGAGUUCACCCUGCCUGGCUUGCUGUGCCUCCCGCGUGCGGCGCUGGCAGAGCUGCUCCCAUCUGCCUUUGUGAAGGGUCUGUCCCCCCCUUUGCACAUCCCUUGUUCUGAGUCAGGGAGCAAAGGAUUGUGUCUGCAUCAUUAUCUCCUCUCCCACCCGAGUGCAGGCAGAAGGGCUGACAGGCUCCUCCUGCCCAGUGGAACAGCCCCCGUCACAGGGGCCUCGUGCAGGGUUUGCACAGCCCAUCCCAGGGCUUUCACUCCAACACUGCUGUUGUUGCUCGACCCACAUUUGAAAGCUGCAAACACUUCACUGACUUCACAGAAACCUCCACCAAGAAACGUCCAAAUCCAAACAAAAUUAAAAAGCCCCUCUCCUUCGCUCGUGCUUCCAGUAAAGUUAAAUUCAGGACUGACUGGCUUUCUGUUUCAACAAGAAAAGAAAAAACUAUCAAGGGGCUUAAGUAGCAUGGACUAAAACUACAGAAGUACAUUGUGGAGAAAUAUGACUGAUUCCACACAGGAAAAUUCCAGAUUAACAGGAAUAUCCAAGAAGAUUUAUAACUGAAACAAACAGCUAGCAUCAUGGGUGCUUUUGAAUGCCAAGUGAGGCAGAUCCACUGAUCUUGGCCAAGAAUUUGGCAGGGUCAGCAUCUCAGAAUUUAUCAAGAAGCUUCAAGUCCUACAGCUAAUUUAGUCCAGCACAGAGGGCAGUUAGUCAAGGAGAAGAAACAAGGGACUAUAAAUGAAUUUUCAUGGUGAAUGCCUAAUCUAAUAUGAUUGAUAUCCAUGUGCUAAAGCUAUUCCUGUACUGUUUGCUUCUAGCUUCUAAUACCUACAACCUAAGUAAUAAAAAUAGAAAACACCUAGCAUUUACAGAAUAAUAUUUUUCCUGUAGAGGCACAAGCUAUCAUUUGUACAGACAUACCUGCUUUUUAUACCAGUCACACAUUGCAACCAGACAAAGUGCCCAAAGAGGUGAGGGCAGGCAGGAGAGGAGCAAUUUGUCACAAGUCACAAGAAGAAUCAGUGGGAUCUGACCAAAUGAACCUGGCUACUUUUUUAGGCCUUUUGUUUACUGUUGUGCAUUGUGUGGACAUUCUCUGCUGUAAACUGGCUCUAAGCAGAACAGUUUACUCAAUACAGUCAUAAAAUCAGGAGGUGUAUUUAGUUUCCAUUGAGCAGGGAGUAUCUUUUAUUAGUGCAGAACUGAGAGGACAAUAAUCGUGCCUGAAGAAAGAGGGACAGAGUCCAGGAGAGCAAGGACUAUUUUGUUCUAUUCUUUCCUUGUGAGGAGGAAUCUUCUUUCGAGGCACUUAGUUCAGAAGUAGGUGCCAGUCCUUGACUAGAAGUUAAAUAAGAGUUUGUGUUUAAAUGAAAAAGGAAGAACUUGAUAUUUUCAGCUCCACAGUCUCAAACUGCCUUUGAUACGUAAAGUUAACAAAUAUUUCCAUGCAUCUGACAAAAGGAAUCAACAACAUGUGAAAUUUUUUUUAUUAUUUUAAAAAACAAUGCCAGUAGUUGGCUGCAGGAAAGGAGCUAGAAAAACUGGUAGA